GCGCAACUCCAGUCUUGCCGCGCCAUUCGAAUAAACCGCCCGCGAGCUGUCAAAAUUCGUUCCCGCCAAAAAGGUCGAUGACACGUUAGGGUUGGAUCGUGUAGUGGCCGAUCAAAGAUUCGAUAAGCUCGAUUUCCUAAGUUACCAUUUGAAUAAUUCAAUUUCUGAAUUAGAUAAUUUAAUAGUAAUUAUAUAAUUAAUGUGACUAAAAUAAAAGACAGUGAAAUUAAACGUGAUGUCAUAGCCGUAACAGACCUAGUGAAAGUGAUAAAUAGUAUUUACGAUAGUUUAAUAAGUGAAAAUGACAAUGAAAAUGAGUUUGAAGAUAUUCGUGUUACUAGUGAUGGUGACUUUGAUACCAGUGGUGUCUUCAAAAGUGAAAAAGUAUUCGAAACAUCAGACAAACUCUUUGUCAAAGGCCAGAUGCGAUUUGGUUUGCAUUGAAGCUAGCAAAGAAAGUAGGAGCAAGUGCCGAUCGCAAUGCAGAACUCAAGAGCUAAAACCCGGGACUUGCCCAGCAUCAGACACCCCGAAAUGGGAAGCAGCAUGCAUAGAAGCUUGCAACACUGACUCCCAAUGCGACGGCACCCAGAGAUGCUGCCAUCACUCUUGCGGAUCUUCGUGCAGCGAGCCACUCGAUCUACUAUCUCUACCAGGUCUACCAGCUAUGCCAGUCAUGGAUAAAGUGAAGGAGAAGAGGAAGUCAGUACUAAUCCAUUGGUCAGAUGGAGUAGGAGACGCGGCGAGAGCCGUGCCGGGCCGAACGUACUACCUUGUGGAGGAACAACACCAUCUAGGCCCUAAGUACGAAGAAGCUAGACUUGGAGGAUGGAAUCUGUUACUGAGGACCAAUAAAACCAAAGCGUCACUCCGCAACCUGCUGAAACCAGGUCGCUGGUACCGGUUCCGAGUGGCGGCUGUGUCUGCAGCUGGUACCAGAGGCUUCUCCAUCCCUAGCGUUCCGUUCACACCACGAAAAGGACCUCGGCCUCCACCCCCGCCGAAGAAGUUGAAAGUGCGGCCUGUGAAGACUGAAAAUGGUACGGUGACAAUCAAACUGGAAUGGAAGGAGCCAGUUUCCGACCUGCCAAUCAUGAGGUACAAGGUGCUGUGGAGUCGCCGAGCUCGAGGUGUCAAUGGAGAACUGGAUUCCGUGCUUGUUAAUCAUCAGACGGUGCCCAAGGACCAAAAGUCAAUCGAGAUAAAGGAUCUUCAGCCGAAUUCGAUGUACUUCUUGCAAGUGCAAUCCAUCAGCCAGUUCGGGCUUGGCAGGCUUAGGAGCGACAAGGCGGCCAUUUUUUAUAACACCACCAGUGCUAAUCUAAUCAGCACAAAUCAAAAAGAAAACCCACCCGAGGCGUUGAAGAAAAAAGAGAAGAGGAUAAAAGGGCUGAAGCUCCAUAAAGUCAUAUGGAACAAUUACAAAAUCAAGGCCAGAAUAUCUUGGGAGCCCAUGCCUGGGAUCCAGGAAGGACCUGGACGAUACUACGUUCAGUGGCGGACAGUAAAAUGUUCAGAUGCAAAAAUUCCAAAGAAAGACUUGACUGCAGCAACAGAGGAAACGACGUUUGAAAUCUACGAGCUGAAUUAUCGCUGCAGUUAUAAAGUUAAUGUAAAUAGGUCAUGGAAAUCAAAAUCACCUGACUCAGAACUUCUUGUACAUGUACCGGGAUGUGAAUAUUUUCAAGAAAAAGUAAACGGUUCAAAGUCUAUAUGUGUAACGUAAAAUUAAAUAAAAUAUUAGACGACAAAAAAUAUGCAAUCUAGUUUAAAUUGUAAAAUUAGGUAUCAUAUUGUAUUGUUAUUGUAUACAAUCAUAUUCAUAGUAGAUAAUAAUAUUAACUACAAUUUAAUAAGGAAUUUGAUGAUGUAUCUACCUAUGUAAUAUUUAGGUAAUUACAAUAUUAACUAGGUAUGUAAUGACUUAAAAUGCAUAUUUAUACAAUUACAACUAUACAAACCCAAAAACUAUAUUAACAAUAAAUAUUUCUGCAAGGAUGAUUCAUGAUUAUAGACACAUUAUAUAUGCCUAUAUUACAUAACUUUAAUUUCUAAUAUAUAA